AUGACGGAUUCAAGAUCCUUCGUUCCAACUAAAUCCUUACGAACCGACGACAACGACGAGGGCAUUGUAGAAGAUCAGAUCUCUUCCAUCCCACCCUCGAUCGAGUUCAACUUCGAAGAAUUUGAAGAUCCACUAUCGAAAUCGUCGUCUUUGCCUAUCUUUGAUGAACCCGUUUAUGACGUGUAUAAUGACGACAUGUUUGACAGAAUUCUAGACUUUAAUCAACCCACAUAUGAUUGCAACGAGAGCAAGAAGGAUGCCCAACCGGAGUUAUUCAUGAAUAUCAUUCAUGAUAAGGUAACAAAUUCUCUCUCCCUCAUUGACAAUGGAAUUGAUAUGACCAAACUUGACCACGACAACCAUCUUGGUACCUUCAUACAUUCCGACACAAAAUCCUUGGAGACGAUCGCUGUGGAUGACGAUUUUCGAAGAGAUAGGCUUUCUCAUGUCAAGAAAUAUGAGGUUGAAUUUAAUAAAGCUGCACAAUCUCUGGCUGAUGCUGUUAUUCCUACUAACCAGAAGAAAGUUGCUUUGAGUAGAGUAAUCAAAGAUAAUAUUGCUUUGAUAGCAGUACUUGAAGACAAAUUUAGCAACCAUGUUGCUGAUUGUCUUGGGAGCAGACAACUUCUUUGUGUGGCUAAUACUAAUGUAAAUGUUCCCCAAGAACUUACAUAUGUUAAGCUUUGGCAGGUUCACACCCUCUUAAAAGGAUUGGAAAAGAUAGCAGUUAGUGCUGACACCCCAAUGUUGGUGUGUGCAUAUUUUAAUUCUGUUCCGGGCAGUGCACCUCAUGCUCUACUUGCUAUGGGUAAAGUAGAUCAGAUGCAUUCAAACUUGGCCGUUGAUCCCCCUGGGAUCUUACACCCUGCAAGCAAGUUAAAUCAUAAACUUCCAUUGGUUAGCGCAUACUCAUCAUUUUCAAGAAUGAUAAGCGUUGGUCCAAGUUUAGAGCAACAUAGGAUAAAAAUGGACUCCACAAUAUAUAAAUCUAACACCGGGUGGAAAUAUCCAGACCGGUUUAGCCAACCAAACCCACCUCCUUAUGGUGGCCAACCAAACAGUUUCCUAUGA